AUGGAAACAUACAUUCGCUUAGCUGACUCGGUUAUUGAAUUCGAUAUCGAAUUUCUUGGCACACCCACAAGUGAACACACCAAGCAUUCGCUGAAAAUUCAGCAAGAGGAGCUAAAGGUGAUGUGGGAGAAAGCCAAAGCACUUUUUGAUGACUUGCUGGCUACGGAAUCAAUUGGUGCUAAAGAUCUAAGUUCGAUACGUAAGAAAGGAAAAACGUGCUAUGCAGCUUUUGUGCGAUGUAUGUCCAAAAUAAACGAUUUGUCGGAAAAAUUUGAAAAAUCCGAAAAGGAAGAUGAGGACAUGUCAGCCACACAGCAUAAUUUACACCUACCGCCUUGUGAUAUCGACGCAUUCAAGGGCGAUUAUUUGUCAUGGCCAACAUUUCGUGACAUGUUCACGGCUAUAUAUAUAUUGAACAAGCGGCUGACACCCAUUCAAAAGCUUUACUAUCUUAGUCAGAAAACGCAGGGUGAAGCCAAAGAAAUUGUUAAGAAAUGCGACCUGACAAAUGAUGGGUUUAAUAUAGCCUGGAAGAAUUUGUGCGAUAGUUGAAGAUCCUCUUCAAUCUACAGGCGGUGGAAACUGAAUGCGGGAGUGCAAUUAAAAGAUUGCAAAGGGAUAUAAACAAUUG